AGCGGAUGUUCAAAUCGAGUGAUACUUUGUGAAGGUAUUAUUCAUCAAAAUGCAGUCGGGAUCUAAUGAGGACUCUUCGAAAAUUAAAAUAAUGCCCAGUUCCGCCAAAUUCACAAAAGAGCUUCAUGGCAGUACAGAUUCAGCAUCAGUAGGUGCAAAAAAGAAGCAGUUAGAUAGACACUUGCAAAAGAAGCGAAAAAACAGUGACUUCAAAACCACAGCGAAGAAGGCCAAGUUGAGUCAAAAUGGUUCUUCUGUUGAUUCCAAGCCGAAAAAACUUCAUGGAAAAUUUAAAAAGAAAGAUCGUAACACAAAGUCUGAAGUCCCGUCUGACAAAAUUUCAGAUCAUUCUGCUUCUGUGGAAAGAAAAGAAGAACAUCGUAGUAAGCAUCAGUGCGAUGCCUCUUUACGUAUUACCAAUUUGCCAAAUUAUAUAAAUUAUACUAUGCUCAGAGAGGCCAUCCCAUCAGCAUCACGAUUACGGUUGUUUAAAAAAUCUGCAAAGCGUCACGCAUUUGCCAAUUUCGCCAAUAUGGAAGAUUUUACAAAUGCUGUCAGUCGUUUGGAAGAACUUGAGUUUGAUGGAGUUAAGCCAUCGUAUAAACAAGUUGUUCGCCGCAAAAAAGACCGAAUUAAGACUGAAGAUGAAUUAGAAAAUGAAUUUCCUCUAGCAAAAUCGAUCACAAUUAACACUAAGAAAGAUGGUACUAAUAAAGGGUCAUGCUUACUAGAGUUCGAAUGUAAGGAGGAUCUUCAGGUUGUUUUAGAUGCUUGUCAAAAUAAGGUGAUUGGUGGUCGACCUGUUAAUGCUGUGGUUGGUCUUCAUUUCAAUGUGAGGCCCAAUCCAACUACUAAUAUUGAUAUAAAAAUAUGCAAGCUACCUACAACAGUAGGAGAUGAUAAAAUUCGAGGACGAUUCCCACCAGGCUCCAUUGUGGAGUACUGCUCAGUACCUAUUAACUCGUUGAAAAGAAAUGUGUUUGUCACUCUGAAGAAUACUAAACAAAACGAGCACAUAAUCAGAGAACUUAAGAAAAAAGGAAUCGAUGAACACCAUUUAAAAAUAAAACGUUGGUACAAAAAGAAAUUGAUUACUAAGGCGAUCAAAUUAAAGCCAGACACUGCUGAAAAAGAGAAGAAAUCAAAGAAGUUAAAGCACAAGAAGAUGGAUGAGUCUGAGAACUGUACUGAACAGGUGUCAGAUGAGAUGAGGCAUAAAUCAAAGAAGUUGAAGCACAAGAAGAUGGAUGACUCUGAGAACUGUACUGAACAGGUGUCAGAUGAGAUGAGGCAUAAAUCAAAGAAGUUGAAGCACAAGAAGAUGGAUGAGUCUGAGAACUGUACUGAACAGGUGUCAGAUGAGAUGAGGCAUAAAUCAAAGAAGUUGAAGCACAAGAAGAUGGAUGACUCUGAGAACUGUACUGAAGCAGUACCAGUUCUGAAGAAGAUGAAACCGAAGAAGUUCAAGCAUGAGAAAAUGGAAAUCUGUGAUUAGUUUUGUUAACUCGAAGCAGGUAAUGAAUGAUCAUCUAACUGCAUUGAAGUCUGUACAUAUUCACCUUGAUAUGGAUGUUGUUAUGUUUGCAUAUAAAAUAAAUUACUUGUAUUUGA